AUGGCCACCCAUCAUCUGUACGGGGCGCUCAUAGCGCUAGUGUGCGUUCUCUGUUACCACAACAGUCUCAACUGUGGUUUCGUGUUCGACGACAUCAGUGCCAUCAAGGAGAAUCGUGACCUGCGACCACACUCCUCGGUCAAGAACGUGUUCCUCAACGAUUUCUGGGGUACACCGAUGCACAAGGAACAGAGUCAUAAAUCAUAUCGACCGCUGUGUGUCCUAACGUUUCGCUGGAACUAUCUGCUGCACGGGCUUGAACCGGCCGGCUAUCAUCUGGUCAACGUGCUGCUGCACACGAUCGUUUCGCUGAUGUACUUCCGAAUGUGCGCCAUGUUGCUUUCGGAAUCGGCCAGCUUUGCGGCUGCCCUACUUUUUGCCGUACAUCCAAUCCACACCGAGGCGGUGACCGGUGUUGUCGGACGGGCGGAAACACUCUCGUCGGUGUUUUUCCUGGCAGCGUUCAUUUUCUACACCAAGGCGACCAGGCGGAAAAAAUCCACAGGUUGGCGCUUCCUUUGCCUUUCCAUGCUGUUCGUCGCGACCGCAAUGCUGUGCAAGGAGCAGGGCAUCACCAUAACGGGCGUAUGUGCAAUUUACGAAAUCUUCGUCGCCCAAAAGAUUCGACUCGGUGACAUCUACCAUCUGGCCCGGUCGAUGAUGAGCGGGAAAACGUUCGCCCUGCCGACGGGCUGGUGGCCCCAUGAAGCAUCCCGCCGACUAGCAGUGCUGUGCGUUACCACCGUGGCAUUGUUGUUUGCCCGGCUGCAGAUCAUGGGCUCCCAGCUGCCUGUUUUUACCAGGUUCGACAAUCCAGCAUCGGUGGCGGUAACCCCAGCUCGGCAAUUGUCGUACAACUAUCUCGUCUCAGUCAACCUUUGGCUGUUACUAUUCCCAUGCGAUCUUUGCUGCGACUGGACGAUGGGAACGGUCCCUUUGGUCGAGUCGUUCACGGACCCGCGUAAUUUUGCCACUCUCGGAGCGUACAGCAUGAUUGGCGUAUUGGCAUGGGUUGCCUUCAUCGAAAACCAUCGCCAAAAGUCUGCCGUAGUUGUCAUGGGGCUGGCAUUCAUGAUUCUUCCCUUUCUGCCCGCGUCGAAUCUGUUCUUCCCGGUGGGUUUCGUGAUUGCCGAGCGCGUCCUCUACAUGCCGUCGAUGGGUUUCUGCAUUCUGGUAGGGUACGGUUUUCAUCUCCUUUCGGAACGCUGGUCACGCAAGAUGACAUGGUGCUGUCUGGGCGUACUUCUGCUCACACACUCCAUCAAGACGUACAAUCGAAACGCGGACUGGGAAUCGGAGUACUCGAUCUUCAUGUCCGGCCUGAAGGUGAACCAACGGAACGCAAAGCUGUUCAACAACGUGGGCCAUGCACUCGAGAGUGAGGGUCGGUUUGAAGAAGCGCUUCAGUUCUUCCACAAAGCCGUCAGCGUGCAGGAGGACGAUGUGGGAGCACACAUUAACGUCGGCCGUACGUACAACCAUUUGAAAAUGUUUAAAGAGGCAGAACAAGCCUACUUGAAGGCGAAGUCAUUGCUGCCGAAAGCGAAACCGGGCGAAUCGUACCAGGCUCGUAUCGCACCGAACCAUCUGAACGUGUUCUUGAAUCUCGCGAACCUGAUCUCAAAGAAUGCCACCCGGUUGGAGGAGGCGGAUCUUCUCUACCGGCAGGCGAUCAGUAUGCGAUCCGAUUACACGCAAGCGUACAUCAAUCGUGGUGACAUUCUGAUCAAGCUGAACCGCACCAAGGAAGCGCAGGAGGUGUACGAACGGGCGCUUCUCUACGAUAGCACCAAUCCGGACAUAUACUACAACCUUGGAGUUGUCUUUCUGGAACAAGGUAAAGCAUCGCAAGCAUUGGCGUACCUGGACAAAGCGCUUGAAUUUGAUCCCGAACACGAGCAGGCUCUGCUCAAUUCGGCCAUUCUGCUGCAGGAGCUCGGUCGUCCGGAACUGCGUAAAAUAGCUCGUGAACGUCUGCUGAAGCUGCUAGCUAAAGAUGAAACCAAUGAACGAGUCCAUUUCAACCUCGGUAUGCUCGCAAUGGACGACCGUAAUACGGACGAGGCCGAGAAUUGGUUCCGUCGAGCAGUUCACCUAAAGCAGGAUUUCCGCAGCGCACUGUUCAAUCUGGCAUUGUUGCUAGCCGACGAUCAUCGUCCGCUGGAGGCGGCACCAUUUCUUAACCAACUCGUCAAAUAUCAUCCAGAUCAUAUCAAAGGAUUGAUACUGCUUGGUGAUAUCUACAUCAACAACAUCAAGGAUCUGGAUGCGGCAGAGAAUUGCUACAAACGUAUACUGCAGCUUGAUCCAAUCAACAUCCAGGGCUUGCACAAUCUAUGCGUGGUGUACGUGGAGCGGGGCAAAUUGUUGCAAGCGCAGGAUUGUCUUUCGCACGCACACGAACUGGCGCCGGGUGAGGAGUACAUCGGUCGUCACCUUCAAAUCGUCCAAACGCGCAUUAAUCGCUUGCGCCAAACACCAGACGGUAGUCGGGAGAAGGAAAUUGCCUUCGCCGACUAUGACCCGCAAGAGUUUGGUGGUACCGCGGGUGCAAUGGCGUCCAGAAACGUGGAACUGUCGCUCGGCAAAAGCACUGUACAUAGUAAUAGCGAACAGCCGGUCAGUCAGCAGGCCGAAUUGCGAGAAAAUAUCCCGGAUGUGCUGGACGCCAACGAUAAUAAACAGAAAACAGUAUUACCUCACCAACAGCUGGAGCAACAGCAGGCUGAAUCGAUUCCGCCGGAUGAUGAUCCGGUUUUUCUCGAAUCAGAAAGCACAAACAAUCUACAAAGCUAUGCAGCUCCAUCAGUCGAUAGUAUAGCGCACAAGUCGAAGCACCGUGUUGAUGCUGGUAGUGGUAAGCUUGCGGCUACCGCCCAUCGGGAUGAGGUGCCUGCGGUGAAGCGAGACUCCAGCCAUCUAUCCGAUGGUUCCCUUCAUCAUGCACCACACCCAACGCAGCACCUUCAUCGACCGGCGACGAUUGGACAGGAUCUGGACGAUCCGUCGUCCGGGAUGUCAUAG